UGCAUGGUGAGUGCGCCAAUCUCACUACAUCUCAAACAGACACAUCACCACUCGACAUCGACAGGGUCCUACUUUUGAGGAGCUUGUCUUGGUCGAGAGUCUCGCCUUCUAAGACUCGAGUUGGAGUUUCAAUAAAGAAGGGCCUUCACGGAAGGCGCUCGAGAGGAGAACGUCAUGGCGGACGUCAAGAGCAAGAACCUCUACGAGCUAUUGGGCAAUACCUCGGACCAGGAUUCUGACCGCGAACCUGAGCCACCUACUAAGGCCAUUGACAAGCCCGCUGCUCGAGUUGGCAAGCGCGAAGCUCCACCGCAAUCGCCAGCCGAACCACUGGCAAAUGUAGCCACUCGCGGCCGUGGUGGUCGAAGAGGAGGUGGAUUUACUGGAAACGAAGCAGCAUUCCGUGAGCGAGCAACUGGCAGAACCUACAACCGUGAUCAACCCACUGGCGAAGGUGCUGGCGCAGAUGGCUUUGGCAACAAGCCUGGUCGCGUGCAGGGCGCUGCUGGUACGCGACGAACUGGUCGUGGAGGCCCAGCCCAACGUCGUGGUGGCGACCGUCAUGUCAACCGUACUGGCGUAGCUGAACACCCUAAGCAAGCGGGUCAUGGCUGGGGUGAGUCCACUGGCGAGGGCGAAUGGGCAGACGAAAAGGCUGGAGAGGCAAUCGCUCAACAGGAAGAAAAGGAAGGCGGAUGGGAUGCUGGUGGCGAGGCCGAAGCCUUCAAUGAGAAUGCCGAACCUGUCACCAUCCCUGAAGGCGGUGAUGCUCUUCCGGAAGGUGAAACCGAGCCUGAAUCCAGCCACAAGUCCUAUGCCGACUAUUUGGCCGAAAAGGCAGCUCAGAAGCUCGAAGGGCUUGGCCUCAAGGAAGCUCGUGCACCAAAUGAGGGCGCCAAGGAGGACAAGAAAUGGAAGUCGGCCAAAGAACUGACCAAAGACGAGACUGCGGACUACUUCAAGGGCGAAGAGAAGGCCAGACGCGAACGUGAGCGUGCCUCGAAGAAGGAGUUCCUCAACAUUGACUACACCUUCAAGGAGCAACCUCGCGAAUCCCGUGGACGUGGUGGUCGGGGCGGCGGUCGUGGUCGUGGUGGAGAGCGAGGUGACCGUGGUGAUUUCCGUGGUGAUCGCGCUGACCGUGGCGACCGUGGCGAGUUCCGUGGUCGUGGCGAUCGCGGUGAGUUCCGUGGUCGUGGCCGUGGCCGUGGCGAUCGUGGCGACCGUGGUGAAUAUCGUGGCCGUGGCCGUGGCCGUGGCAGCGAAGGACCAGCAGUCGCCGUCAACGACGAGACCGCCUUCCCCAGCCUGGGUGGAAAAUAAGCAGGAGGCAUCCUGUAUCUUGAUGCGACCACAAAACAUUGUCCCGGCAACAACCACAAAUCCUCUUCGACAUAAUCAUUACCAACCUUGUACUAGUGAAAGGAAGACCCAUGGACUCGAGAGCGAAUUUGUACUGGCCUACGGGAGACGAACAGGCAUAUUUGCAGGAGAAUGCUGUGCAACUCAAAAGCAUCAAGGGCAAUGGGUUUACGGGACUAGGAGGAAUUUUGUUCUACAAUCUCCAGCAGGCCCUGCAGCUUGGAAUCGUGUGAACGUAUGCUUCCUGAUCUCAUCAGCACCGUUGUGUUCAGAAUGAAAAUUUCAGUUGAUCCUUCA